CAAUCGGCUUUCUUGCAGAGUUAAGUUGUAAGCAGUGCGGUCAAGUUUGUCUGUCCGGUGAAUGAACGCUCAAGUGAAAUAAAAUAAAUAAUAUAAUAAUUCAUAUAGAAAUAUAAUUACAGAAGAUUUUCUUUCACUGAUUGACUGAAAAACAUUUGAAAAUGAGUGAACAGAAAUAUUUACAUUUAAACGAUGGCUCGAGAAUGCCAAUAGUCGGAUAUGGCACUUGGAUGGCCAGUGAAGAGGAAAUAACCUUUGCUGUAAAUGAAGCACUCAAAGUGGGCUAUCGUCAUAUUGAUACGGCACCAGUGUACUUAAAUGAAAAGGCUAUUGGUAAUGUGUUGAGUAAAUGGAUUUCUUCGGGUAAAGUUAAACGAUCCGAUCUCUUCAUCACUACGAAACUACCACCACCAGGUGCCGACAGACUCGACUUAGUUGAGUUGACAUUAAGAAAUUCGCUGGCAGAUCUACAACUGGAUUAUGUCGAUUUGUAUUUAAUACACACCCCCUUUACAGUGGUGCUGCAGGAAAAUGGUGAGUUUAAACGUUAUGAAGACGGCACCAUUGAGGUUGAUCCCAGUACCGAUCACGUAGCUGUUUGGAAGGAAAUGGAAGGUCUCGUCGCUAAAGGCUUGGCCAAAUCCAUUGGUAUUUCAAACUUUAAGGAACAACAAAUUGAACGGAUCCGGCAGAACUGUACUAUUCAGCCAGCCGUGUUGCAGAUUGAGUACCACAUCUACUUGCAACAACCACACUUGAUAGAAUAUUGCAAAUCGGCAAAUAUUGCCGUCACGGCCUAUUCACCACUCGGUUCCAAGGGUGUAAGCGGCCUAAAUAAAAUGGCCGGUGUAGAGCGUGAGCUGCCCGAUUUGCUGGACGUGCCAGUAGUGAAGGAGAUCGCACAGAAAUAUAAUAAAAGCGAGGCCCAAGUGCUCCUACGUUGGAUUGUACAAAAGGGUAUAGCGGUAAUACCGAAGAGUACCAAUGCCAAGCGCAUGCGUGAAAAUAAGGAUAUUUUCGAUUUCAAAUUGGAUGUUGAUGAAGUUGAACAGCUCAACAGUUUGGAUGCAAAUGUGCGUGUGGUGAAUUUCUCAUUUUUCAGAGGUGUUGAGAAACAUCCGGAAUUCCCAUUUUAAGCUACUAUUGAAUUUUGAACGAACAGAAAGCAAGUGGUUUACUUAAAUAAUAUAUAUUGC